ACGUAGCCCGUGUCAAUCGGUGGCACUGGAUCAGUCUAGCUGUUCUGUUCUGUAGGAGCUAGAAUGGCAGGCCUGUGGAGAUCCUACCAGGCCUUGAUGACCAAAUAUCCAUGGACUGUCCAGAUUGUGACUGCUGGCUCCUUGGUUGGUGUUGGUGAUGUCAUCUCUCAGCAGCUGAUUGAGAGGAGGGGCCUGGCCAAUCACAGCAUGCGACGAACGGCCAAGAUGAUGAGUAUCGGCUUCUUCUUUGUUGGCCCGGUCAUAGGAGGCUGGUACAAGGUACUUGACAGACUGGUGGUCGGAGGAACGAAAAGUGCUGCAAUGAAGAAGAUGCUGGUGGACCAGCUGGGUUUUGCCCCGUGCUUCCUGGGAGCCUUCCUGUGCAUCUCCGGUUCCCUGAAUGGACUGACGGUGGAGCAGAAUGUCGCCAAGCUCAAGCGGGACUAUACUGAUGCCCUGAUCUCAAACUACUAUCUUUGGCCACCGGUUCAGAUUGCUAAUUUCUAUUUCAUUCCACUGCACCACAGAUUGGCUGUGGUCCAGGUUGUAGCAGUUGCCUGGAAUUCCUACCUAUCCUGGAAGGCCAAUAAAAUGUGAAGGAAAAUCUCAAGUCCCGUCGCCCUGCCCUGCCUCCCACCUUCAGGACCACUGGUGCUGAUGCUGACGACUCUGCAGUCCCUCGUAGUGUCGUGUGGACGAUAGCUUACCCAGGCUGCAUAGACUUCUGAUAUUUCCAGUUUCAAAACCUGUGAUUGAGUCGUGUAUAAAUGUCAGGAGAAGGACAGAUUCACACAGAAAUGUUUGUGGAAGUCUGGCACAUACAUUACUGAACAGUGUAGUCACUCAAACACACACACACACACACACACAUUGAUGUGAGAGGAAAAUGUAUUUAUCCAAACAGUCUGUUAAUAGAAAUAAUUUUGUUAAAGGAUGAUUAUUUAUCAAGUGACAGUUUUAUCUGAUAGCCUGUUAAUUUCCUGCAGCCUAGUCGAUGGUAAAACUGAAUAUUUUUCUAUCAAUAACCACUUUUAAUAUUAAAAAUCAUGAU